GAAGUGUAGACAAAGGAUGUGAUCAUAACCCUGUAUCUAUAAACACCAAACAUAAUAAUGGGUGAAGAUUUAUUCAAAACCUUCCCAUAUUUAUUGAACCCGAAACCAAACCCUAUCCUUGACGAAUGAAAUUCUCACAUCAUUUUUCUCACAAUCAGAAUUCAGCGUUGGGUUAUCUUUCUUUCCCUCUCGGCAAUAUGGAGCAAGAAAUUGACAAUUUGAUAUCAAACAUGGGUUCACUUGGAACCAGCUUUCCACCAAAGAGAGGAUUGUCAAGGUAUUACUCGGGAAAAUCAAGAUCAUUUGUUUGCAUGGAAGAUGUACAUUGCGUGGAGGAUUUGAAGAAACCAGAACAUUAUUCUGAUACAAAGAAAAGGAAGAAACGUUCGCACAGAAAGGAAUUGCUCAACCUUGCUCCUUAUCCAUGCCGAAGGGCACCAAGUUGCACUCAAUUAACUACCCCAUACGUCAACGUGUAGAACUUCAAUUUUGUAGCUGAAAUUCCAUAUGAUCACUCUACAUUUUUCCCACAUCGAUCCCAUCUUCCUAUGCCCAUGUGUAUAUAUAUUUAAGCCAAUUUUAUUAUUAAAGCAAAAGUGUGUCACGCUUUUAUGCGGUUUGUUUGUAUCAGUGUAGAUAAUUGAAAUAAAAAAAUUAUGAUUCGGUGUAAUCCUUUU